AUGCGGUUUUCGAUACUUUCUUCAUUGGCGACGCUGGCCGCGUUGUCGAGCUCAACUUUGGCAGUGGGAUUGAGACAGGGGAAUUUCAGGCGUGAUUUUCAACUCUCUGCUGAGAAGGGCAUUGAGCCUGAUUUGGUGCUGCACAAGGGGAGGCAUAUUCCUCUUUCGCAUGUUUCGGAGGCGACGAAUGUUAUCGCGCAGUAUGCUGAACUGCCCAUUGACCAUGGUGAUGACUCAGUUGGAACAUACAAGAAUCGGUACUGGCUGUCGGACAAGUACUAUCGCGAUGAAGGACCGGUCUUUGUGUACGACGUGGGCGAAUCUGCGGCGGAAAAUGCGGCGAAGGAGCACCUGGGCAACUCCAGCUCGUUCUUCGCGGAGAUGCUGAGCGAGUUUGGCGGGAUUGGCAUUGUGUGGGAGCAUCGGUACUACGGCGACUCCCUCCCGUUCCCCGUUUCCGCCGACUCUCCUCCCGAACACUUCGCCUACCUCACCACCAAACAAGCAUUGGCCGACAUCCCCUAUUUUGCGCAGAAUUUCUCGCUUGGUGCGCAUGCCCAUGUCGAUCUCUCGCCCGCCGGGACCCCCUGGGUCAUGGUCGGCGGCUCUUAUGCAGGCAUCCGGUCAGCCUUCAGUCGCGAUGCCUACCCCGACACCAUCUAUGCGGCCUUUGCAUCCUCUGCGCCCGUCGAAGCCCGCGUCGACAUGAACUUUUACUUUAACCAGGUGUAUGACGGCAUGGUCGCGAACGGGUAUAGUAACUGCACGAAAGACCUUAAGGCUGCGCUGGAGUAUAUCGACGACGAGCUGGCGAAGAACAGCACGGCGGCAGCAGCCAUCAAACAAGCCUUUUUUGGUCACGGAGCCGAGAAAAACAACAACGGCGACUUCACCGCGGCCCUUGCAGGCAUCUAUGGCUUCUUCCAGGCGUACGGCAUGGGCGGCGGCGAUGGCAGUCUGGGCAGUCUCUGCGAGUAUCUGGAAACCGAUCCGACGACAGGAACCCCGGCAGGCCCACGAGGCUUCGCGCCCUAUCGAGGCCGGAAGUACGUGGCGCAGCGGUUCAUGUCAUGGCCCACCUUCACGGAGCUGGUCAAUUUCAACUAUGACACGAACUGCGGCGGCCUGAAUGAAUCCCUGCCCCUGAGUUGCACUCUCAAUCCGAAGGCCAGCGACCCGGACACCAUCGCGUGGAACUGGCAGUUCUGCACGGAAUGGGGGUUUUAUCAGAGUAACAAUUUCGGUCCCCAUUCCUUGCUGUCACGAUACCAGACUCUCGAGUACAUCCAGUAUACUUGCAAUCGCCAGUUCCCCGAAGCGUUGAAAAGAGGACUGAUGCCGAAAAGCCCGCAGACCGACGCCCUGAACAACCAGACCGGCGGAUGGGAUAUCCGGCCAUCCAACGUGUACUGGAGCGGUGGUGAAUUCGACCCCUGGCGGACUCUGUCUCCUCUAGCGACGCAGGACAACGCCCCAAAGGUGACCUUCACCACCGAGAUCCCCAAGUGCGGCGUGAAGACAGCUCACGACACAUUGUUCGGGUACAUCAUGCCCAACGCCGAGCACUGUUUCGAUUUCCGCACAGAGUUCGGCCCUGGUCGCGUGUCAAGGGCGUACUUUCACAAGGCGCUGAAGGAAUGGCUGCCCUGUUUCCAGCCCAGAGCCGCGGUCGGGGAUGUGAUUCCGGGGGCCCCGGAGAAGAGCCUGGAGGAAUGA